CGUGUUGUGACAGACAGAAGUGCGCGGAGAAUCCGUGUGUGUCCUCGGGAGUCUCUCCGCGUCGUCGAGUCAGCGUAAUUUAUCAGGGUAGAGAGAAAGAGAGAGCGUGCGCUGCGAACAACAAGAGCCCGAGGAGGCGAGUGACAUAUCCCGUUGUGUCGCGAGUUCCUCGCGUGAACGGGGGACAAUGAAGUUCCAAUACAAAGAGGAGCAUCCGUUCGAGAAGAGGAAGGCCGAGGGCGAGAAGAUACGACGGAAAUAUCCGGAUCGAGUGCCCGUAAUAGUUGAGAAAGCACCUAAGGCAAAGAUUAGUGACCUGGACAAGCAGAAGUACUUGGUACCUUCUGACUUAACUGUCGGUCAAUUUUACUUUUUAAUCCGUAAAAGAAUUCAUUUACGUCCCGAAGAUGCUCUGUUCUUCUUUGUCAACAACAUCAUUCCUCCAACAAGUGCUACUAUGGGUUCUCUUUAUGCGGAACAUCAUGAAGAGGAUUUCUUCCUAUACAUAGCAUACAGCGAUGAAAAUGUGUAUGGUCAUUAAACUUCCUGGGAUGAGCAAAUUGCCAAACCGACAAAGGAUUCCACAACCAAAAUCUACCAUCUAUCAAUGUAGUCCUCAUAGACGCUUUCAAAAACAACUACAAAAUAACAUCUAUUAAUAUUUUGCGUGAAAUUUUAUGUCUUGACACUGCACAUUUGCUUCCUCCAAAAGACUACAUAAUGGUCUUGUGAAAUGAUAAAGACGCUUCUUGUCGGUUUCAUUCUACCAUCUGAAAGGGCUUAGUUUCUUUUAUGAUUUAAAAAUAACUACUUAAUUUGCAAAAUUACGUGAUCAUGUGUAAUGUAUAGCCUAGCCGAAAAAAGGAGAGAAAAGAAAUUAAAAAAAGUGUUUGUAUUGUCGAAUAUCACCACUACUUGCUGUCACAUAUUGUGUUUAAUUGCACAUUACAAUCAUAAUGUUCUCUGAAAUAAUAGUAGCCAUCAUACCAUUAUAAAUUUUAAGUAUAAUAGGAAUCUAUACGUGAUAUUAUAUUUUCAUCAAUCUAGGUUAGUGUUAUUGUAUUGUACAUGAUUUUAAUGUUUUUUGAUCGUGGGAAGGAUGAAAAGAAAUUAUUAGACAUUGCAAGUGAGAAGAAAAAUUUUCUGUAAUGGCUAGAAAAUGUAAAGCCAAUAAAAAAAAUUAAAACGCGAUGAAAACGCCAA